AUGGCACCCACCGCUGCAUUCAACCCCCCAUCCCCAACGCUGGCCGGCAAACCGUCCGUGCCCGUUUGGAUCCCCCCUCCAGUCACCCAGGAGAAGCACAACUCUGCCGAGCUCAAGUCCAUCGAUCUGUCCCUGCUCGACUCGGAGGACCCGGCCGUCGUCGAGGAGCUCAUCCAGAAAGUCAAGAACUACGGAGUCUCUCUGGAGCAGCUCCACCGUCAAUUCGCCCUCGCGCAGUACUUAUACAACAACAUCAGUGAAGAGGAUAAAGAACGCCUCCUGUUUCACCCGGAGACGGGCGUCUGGUCCGGCUACAAGCACCCCUACGGCUUCAAGCGCCACCGUCGUCCCCCCGACGGCAUCGAACAAUUCAACUGGUACACCCCGGAGUGGGAAUCCCCGAGCACGCGCGUCCCCCACUGCCUGCACCCCUUCAUAGACGAAAUCUCCGCCUUCUGCACCUACCUCACGCAAUCCGUCAACCGACGGCUCCUCACCCUCUUCUCGCGCGUCCUCGAACUCCCCGACGAUUACCUGUGGACGCACGUGCAGUCGCAUGGCAGCUCCACCGGCGAGGGCUUCUUCGGACAUGCCCUCUUCCGCCCUCCCCCGCAGGAAACCCUGUCGCGCUCCAAGGGGAUCAAGAUGCACGGACACACGGACUUUGGACUGACCAUCCUGCUGUUCAGCGUUCCCGUCUCGUGUCUGCAGAUCUGGGGCCGCGACGAGCAGUGGUACUACGUGCCCUACCGGCCGGGCGCGCUGGUGGUGAAUCUCGGGGAUACGCUGGAGAUUGUCUCCGGGGGGGCAUUUCAAGGCGACCCGCCAUCGUGUUUAAUAGUUCGGUGGGGGGGUUGCGGAUGGGGCCUGCGUCCGGUGAGUUUUUGCCACGUUGGGGGGAGUGGUUCUAGGGUUGGAGGGAAUCGAAUGUGCUUGCUAAUCUUUCCUGGUUGUUGCUUUCUAGAGUCGCCACUAAUUCAGCGUGAGGGCUGUGUCGAGGAGCAAGGGGUUUAUAAGGAGUUCAAGAACCUCACGGUGCAGGGCAAGUUGGUCCCCACCAACCGCGAGUGGCGGGAGAUCCAGAUCGCGACGUGUACGGAUCCGACGUAUUCGGUGCGUAAUGCGGUGGGGGCGGAGCAGGUGGUGAUUGAGGGGAAAAUUAUGCAUCAGAGAGAAUAUAUGGGGGUCAAGGUAGUUUUGCCGGUGUAG